AAGUUAAGAAGUUUCCUUCCCUUGGUUUUCCUAGGAUUCUUUACUUAUUUCUCUUAAUUACAUAUCCACUUGUAUCUUCCCAUAGGGUAAGUUUCCUAUAAAUUCAGUUCUUCGUUUUCUUCAUCUCUAGUAAACAUUGAUUGCUCCUCAAAUCGUCUUGCUCUUUUGAUAUUUAUUUUUAGGAAAACUUAUUGAUCAAGGGUCAAAGUGCAAUGUAUAAUAAUAGUGAGCUGACUUACACUACUCGGACCAUGGUCUUAGUUGGACGGACAGGCAACGGAAAAAGUGCAGCAGGGAACAGUAUCCUUGGACGGAGAGCUUUCAUCUCGAAGGCUAGCUCCUCAGGGGUUACAACUAAAUGUCAACUUGAAAGAACCGUGUUAAAAGAUGGUCAAAUUAUUAAUGUCAUUGACACUCCCGGUCUGUUUGAUUUUUCUUCUGGAUCGGAAUUGAUGAAGGAAUGUCUUAAAUUGGCUAGGGAUGGUAUCCAUGCAGUCCUUGUGGUUUUCUCUGUUAGGACCCGCUUCUCACAAGAAGAAGAGGCUGCUCUUCGUAACUUGCAAAACUUCUUUGGAAGCAAAAUUAUAGACUAUAUGAUUGUCGUUUUUACUGGCGGUGAUGAGCUUGAAGAAAAUGAUCAAACCUUGGAAGAUUAUUUGGGGCGAAACUGUCCACAACCUUUAAAGGAAUUGCUCACCUCAUGUCAAAAUCGAUACGUGCUCUUCAAUAAUAGGACAAAGGAUGAAGCCCAGAAAGCCAAGCAACUUCAACAGCUUCUUUCUCUUGUUAACAUUGUUAUGUUAAAGAAUAGUGGAUGUAUGUAUACCGACCAAAUAUAUAUAAAGUGGCAGGUUGAGUCACAGCUUAAAGAGACUACUGCUAGAUUUGAACAGAAGUUAGCUGAGAUGCAAGCUGCAGAACAAGAGGCAGAAAAGAAAAGACAAUUGAUAUCAAUUGAUCUAACUAAUAAGCUGACAGCACAACUAGAAGAAGCGAGGAAGCAGACUGAAGCGUUGACGAAGCAAUUAGAGGAGCUGCGCAAUAGGCCUGUGCCUCCUGUCCAUUUCCCUGUCCCUAUUCCUCAAGUUUUCCCUCCCUGCCCAAUUCUCUGAUGAUGUGAUUGCCGGUACGGCGAAAGGUUCUAGUGAAUGAAGUUUAUCCAAAUAUGGUUCUGUUAAUAUAAUCCUCUUCGUCCCCCCUAAGCUAAAUAAAUUGUUGGAUUAUUA